UACCAAUUCACUGUUAGCCAAUCGCAACAGAUCAUCGCGCUCCAUAAUAAACGCCACACCACUGCUUUAACCAUUAGCCUAUCGUUAAUGAUGUUAAUCGUUACCGUUCAUCCCUUAUUUGUUUUUCUUAUAUUUGUGUACUUCUUUCUUUUUUCAUGUCAACACUGCGUCUGUGUUCCUCGCCUCCCAUAGCUUUCCACAGUGCUCAUUUUAGUCACUGUUGAUGCUCCAUGCUCUGCACUGUUUUGGAGUAGGAGGAGGUGGAGAAGGAGUGGGGGCCGCCGUGUGCGUCAGUAAGUCAAACAUGUUCCAAUAACGGACUAUAAUAUCUGCUGCUAUUUGCAGUUUUCUGUAGCUAGGCGCCAGACUGAGCUUGAGCAGAAACCUGCAGCGCUCUUCUGUGAUGGAAACGAUCUCAAAAGGAAUGGCAUCUGCAAGGCUGCUGGCAGGAAACAGGAAUCUAACCCUUACCCCAGGCACUACAAACACCAUGCCAAAGACAUCACAUUCAUCAGAACGUCAGCUCUAAGAGGACGGAGGAUGGCAGGAGGUGUAAGGAGGAACACAGAGAUGGGAAAUAGAUUAGGGCUAUAUGUGAGGCUGUUGGCAGUGAGUGUGUUACUGGGAGCUGAUCUGAGCUGGCUGGGCCUGAAAGAUCAGGUUGGGGUCAAUGCCCAGAACACUGACAGAAGGGUAUUGACACAUAUCCCUGGUGACAUCAUCAUAGGAGCUCUGUUCUCUGUCCACCACCAACCACCUGCAGACAAGGUCCAUGAGCGAAAGUGUGGUGCGGUGCGUGAGCAGUAUGGGAUCCAGAGAGUGGAGGCCAUGAUGCACACUCUGGAUCGAAUCAACGCAGACCCAACUAUCCUCCCGAAUAUCACCCUGGGCUGCGAGAUCAGGGACUCAUGCUGGCACUCUGCGGUGGCGCUGGAGCAGAGCAUUGAGUUUAUUCGGGACACACUAGUGUCCAAUGAAGAGGAGGAGAGCCAGGGCAGGUGUACUGCAGAAGCAGGGAGCCUGUUGCUGCAGGCGAAGAAGCCCAUUGUGGGACUGAUUGGACCAGGAUCUAGCUCUGUGGCCAUCCAGGUGCAAAAUCUCCUUCAGCUCUUCAACAUCCCACAAAUAGCUUACUCAGCCACUAGCAUGGAUCUCAGUGACAAGAGCUUAUAUAAAUAUUUCAUGAGGGUGGUGCCAUCAGAUAUGCAACAGGCCAAAGCCAUGGUGGACAUUGUCAAGAAAUACAACUGGAGCUACGUGUCCGCAAUACACACAGAGGGUAAUUAUGGUGAGAGUGGAAUGGAAGCGUUUAAAGACAUGGCAGCAAAGGAGGGGAUCUGCAUCGCCCACUCUGAUAAGAUAUAUAGCAAUGCAGGCGAACAGAGCUUUGAUAAGCUAUUGCAGAAGCUACGAGCCCACCUGCCUAAAGCCAGGGUUGUGGCCUGCUUCUGCGAGGGCAUGACAGUCCGAGGCAUACUGAUGGCUAUGAGACGACAGGGCCUCGUGGGAGAGUUUCUGCUGGUUGGAAGGUUUUUUAGUCUUCAUUUCCAAUCCAAUCCAGUCUUCAGAUGUUCAGCAUUGGGGCCAUAUUUGUCCUCUCAUCAUCAUCCUUGUUAUCAUCUUCAUCGCAUCCAUCAACUUCAUGGUGGUGUAGAAAAAUCAAGUGAUGGCUGGGCAGACAGGUCCGACGUUACCGAUGGCUACCAGAGGGAGGCAGCUGGUGGAAUCACUAUAAAGCUAAAGUCAGCGUACGUGACCUGGUUCGACGAUUAUUACCUAAACCUGAAGCCUGACGCCAACCUGAGAAACCCCUGGUUCCCCGAGUUCUGGCAGCAUCGCUUCCAAUGCAGGUUGAGGGGGCAUCCGCAGGAAAGCAGCAUGUACAACCGCACCUGCACCUGGAGAGAGUCUCUUCGCCAUCAGUAUGCCCAAGACACCAAGAUGGGCUUUGUCAUAAAUGCUAUCUAUUCCAUGGCUUACGGACUGCACGCCAUGCAGCAAUCCCUCUGUCCAGGAUAUAAGGGUUUGUGUGAGAACAUGCGGCCCAUUGAUGGCCGCAAGCUGCUGGAUUUCCUGAUGAGAACCAACUUUACUGGUGUGUCUGGGGAGACCAUCUACUUUGACCAGAGUGGAGACUCACCUGGCAGGUAUGAAAUCAUGAACUUCAAGCGCACAGGCGAGGAUGAGUACGCUUACAUCUAUGUGGGAAGCUGGGAUCAGGGUGGCCUAAAGAUGAACGAUGAGGAAAUCUGGAGUAACAACAGUGACAUCAUCCAGUCAGUCUGCUCUGAGCCCUGUCAGAAGGCACAGAUCAAGGUGAUCCGUAAAGGAGAGGUGAGCUGCUGUUGGACUUGCACUCCCUGCAAGGAGAACGAGUUUGUGUUUGAUGAGUACACUUGUCGAGCCUGCGACCUUGGCUUCUGGCCCACAUAUGACCUCACUGGUUGUGAACCGAUCCCGGUGCAGUAUGUGCGUUGGGGGGAUCCAGAGCCCAUUGCUGCAGUGGUCUUCUCCUGCCUGGGCCUCAUGGCAACACUUUUUGUUACUUCUGUCUUCAUCAAAUUUUGGGACACUCCUGUGGUCAAGUCAUCCAGCCGUGAGCUCUGCUACAUCAUCCUAGUUGGAAUAUGUCUUGGCUACCUGUGCACUUUCACCCUUAUCGCCAAGCCCCACAUAGUCUACUGCUACCUCCAGCGGCUGGGAAUCGGCCUGUCCCCCGCCAUGAGCUACUCUGCGCUGGUCACCAAGACCAACCGUAUAGCACGGAUCCUGGCAGGCAGCAAGAAGAAGAUCUGCACCAAGAAACCGCGCUUUAUGUCCGCCUGCGCACAAUUGGUCAUCGCCUUCCUACUCAUACUGCUGCAGCUUGGGAUUAUUGUGGCACUUUUCAUCAUAGAGCCACCACAGGUGAUCUAUGACUUCCCCAGUAUUAGUGAAGUACAUUUGAUCUGCAAUCUGACCACUCUGGGGGUGGUGGCGCCACUGGGCUACAAUGGCCUGCUUAUCCUGAGCUGCACCUUCUACGCCUUCAAGACUCGUAAUGUUCCGGCUAAUUUUAAUGAGGCCAAGUAUAUUGCCUUUACCAUGUACACCACCUGUAUCAUCUGGCUGGCCUUUGUUCCCAUUUACUUUGGCUCCAACUACAAGAUCAUAACCAUGUGCUUUAGUGUCAGCCUCAGUGCCACAGUGGCUCUCUGCUGCAUGUUUGUCCCAAAGGUGUACAUCAUGCUUGCCAAGCCUGAGAAAAAUGUCCGGAGUGCCUUCACAACAUCCACAGUGGUGCGCAUGCAUGUAGGUGAUGCCAAGAAAGCUGCCAAGACAGGCAAAACCUCGAGCAGCAUGGCCAACUUGUUUCGACGCCGUGGAUCUGCGCAGGACAUCAGUUCCAAUGGGAAAUCGGUGACAUGGGCACAGAAUGAGCACAGCUACAGACCAAACAUAUGGAAGAGGAUGUCAUUCCAUGUCAAAAAAAAGGAGGCAGUCGAGGUGAACCAGACAGCCAUCAUCAAGCCCUUCUCUAAAGGAGGAGAUACACCUGCGGACACUGGUGUCAAAGAGCAGUAUGAAGAGCAACAGGUGUCUCAGCCUUUCACCUGCUCCCCCUCUCAGUCACCAAGGGGUUUCCAGGGAGGAGAGGCUAGAGAGGACGGACAAGCUUUACCCACCUACAUACCUGAGCACCCAGCUGGGGUUAGAAGAAGAGUUGGGGACAACGGCCAGGGUGUUGGUAUGGUGGAUGGUGCUGACAUUAGCAUCAUAGGUGUGGGUGACAUCGGCAUAGGGGUGAUCGGCGGCCAACCUCAGGGCACCACAAUCAUGGACCAAAUCAGCUGUGUGGUUAACCGUUUCACUGCCAACAUUAGCGAGCUGAACACCAUGAUGCUGCCAGGGGGAGUCACCAUCAGCUCCACGUCCACCACUGCUUUGCCCGCAGCUGCAGAUGCUGCCCCUGGCCCACCUCAGUACCUCACAUCCAGGAGCAGACAGGCCCCCUCCAAUGCCACCACAUAUGCCGAGGUCGCGGUUGUCUCCAAUUUCUGCGAGAAUCGACCAGCAGGUAAGAUUUAUGAGCACCUGGCCGGGACUUGCGUGAGUAGCAGGCGAGCCAAGGAUAUGGAGGAGCUGGUGGCUCUGACCCCUCCCUCCCCGUUUAGAGACUCGUCUCUGAGCUCCAGCGGAAGCUCACCCACCUCGAUGUCCCCGGCCUCUGAGGCUGAAUAUGACCAGCUGCUGCUGAGACACUACAGCCAGAGCUCCUCCUCUCUCUAAACCUGCUCUCCUUUCACUACACAUUUUUUUCCUUGUUUAUCCUUUAUUUGGGGUAUUUAAAAAAGACAAAGCUUUAGACUGGACCAGACUCUUGGAUGCCUUUCUACAUGGGGAUAUUCCGAAUUUGUAAUCAGUUUUUAAAAUAUAUUUUUAUUUUCAGAUUGGAUUGAAUGCACCCAUAUAUGCCUCCAUUGAGAGGACUGAGAGAAAAGUGGCACGACUACAAAUAUUAAAUGCUGAAAUUAAGCUGAGCAUUGUCAGUGCUUCAUCGUUUGUUUCCAAGUGAGUACAACUUGACAAAUAUAUGGGCAUUUUAGACUUUCAAAUGCUAUACUGACUGACACAGGUUUCUAACUUUUCAAAUUCCAAAGAAAAUACUGAUAAGCUGAGAAAAAUGUAUGUACAAAUUACAUUUUGAUUUCAUUAUAAAAAUGGUUAUCAAUCAUAAAUAGGGGGAAUUUACCAAAUGUUUAUAUUUAGUGUUUCUUUGGAUUAAGCCAAAAUGGUUUAUAUACUGAACUUCAAAAUGGCAUUAGAUUUUUUUGGGUAGGUACAGGUUGUAAAGAUAAUUGUAUUUAAUUUGUAUAUUUUGCAUCACAUAUUAUCAUAAACACAGAAAGCGUGAUUUGUUUUUAUUGCUUACUGUAUAUUAUUGCUGUUGACUUUCUGUACAUGUGAUGUUUUUGUUACUGACAAAUUACCCUAAUCUUUAAUAUUUUGAGACCCAGGUAGAUGUUGAUUGUAUCAGCAUGAAUGCUGCCCUCUAAUAGGUUGUCAGUCCUAGAAAACAUAAGCAAGCAUUGUAUAUCCUGACGAUAUAGGAGAAAGCUUACAGAUGCUGCAGUAUGUGAAUCAGGAAGCAUUUUUUUCUGUGUGGAGAGUUCUCUAUGACCUUUUCUUUUCUUGAAAAGAAAAUAUUCACUGAGAAUGAAACCCCCUCCCAUCCUGAGAGAACAUCUCAAGCGAAUGUAAGACAUUGUCUAAAUAGACAUAAUUGUCAAGUGUCUAAUCCACAACAAGUUUAUGGAAUACUUAGAUGUCUUCUUUAAUUAUUUUCUCUUAGCUGAAUGUACGAUACAUUGUCAUUUAAAGUGGACCAAAAUGAUUUUCCACCUCAGGAUGUGUCUGAACCAAAAUACCUUCUGACUUCAACUCCUACCUGCUGAACGAGCACUGUCAUCUUUUGGCUCAAAAUGUUUCCAGUUUGCAUGAUGUCAAGAUUUGUUUGCACUCUUUAAGUUAUAUUUGUAAUAAAUUACUUUUUUUUAUAUAUAUAUAUUGUACAUGUGAAACUAAUAAGAUGAAAAGAUACAGUAGCAAAUUAAUGAUACUAUCAGUCUGUGAAUAUUGAUUUGUUUUUAAGAUUAGCUUUAGGAGGAGAGAAGCAAACUGAAAGUGUGCCAGAUUUUGUGCCAAACAUCUAUUGCAAAACAGCUGUUUCUAGCCUGGCUUUUCACCUACAUAUGUGCCAAUGUCUGCAGUGUAUGUAAAUUACAUUAUGUUACUAUAAAUGGGCUCAUGUUUCAGACAUUAUUAUUAUAAUUUUUUUUUAUAUAUAUAUAUAUAUAAUAUAUGACAAUGAAUCAAUUAAUAUUCUUUUUGUAUCUGCAUUUUGGCUUUUAUGGGGAUGUAGAUUGACAGGCUAGCAGAUGUAACUGAUGAUGUUCAUGUCAGAGCUAGCGUAUGCUUGUUUAUCAGUCCUUCAGUCAUUACUUUUUAUCUGUAUGUUUACACAGGCAGGAAUGUGUUCAGGUUUUUUGAAUUGUGUAGUGUUUUUCUACUGGCUUCGAUAUCAUAGACAAUUGCCAUAUUUGCAUGCAGGUUUGUGCCAAAUUUGUAGGAUUAUACUAAGCUUUAUUCACUGAUAUAAUCUACAGAAGACGUUUGUCUUGGUCUUAUCUCUUCAUCUGCCUUUCAGAUAGCCAGAAUUUACAAUUUAGACCUGUGCUGCAAUAAACGUUUCCAUCUAAAAUGCAAAACA